UUCAGGUUCUGAGUGUUCAGCAGGUCCGUCUAUCCACGGUUUAAUAACACCUGUCGCAUAAACGUUAGAAUGAUGCAUAGAAUCAAAAGAAAACUACCGUCCUACUGUGCUGGGGAAGAAAGUUACGACGAAAAUACUAAAACGACGACCAGAAUUCAUGACGUCGUUAAAGGAAAUUCUACAGCUGUUUUCCACUGAAUUCACUCCAUAUCUGUGCCAGUGUUAGUCGUCGGGCGCAGGGAUUACUGUUCCAGAAAGGUCUGUGAAAAUUUGAAGGAUGUCUACAACAGAGUUGUAUUUGGAGGCAGGAAUCUUAACUCUAAUCGCCAUCGUUUCACUAACAGGGAAUAUCAGCCUAUACCUUAUUGUCUUCAGAAGCCGUUCUUUACAAAAAGUUUCCAACUACUUUACGUUAAAUCUAGCAUUGGCUGAUUUACUAGUGUCGUUAGUAAACAUGCCAGUAACUGUGUAUACUAUCAUCCAGAACCAAUGGCUGUUGGGGGAAGUCGCCUGCCAAGUAUUUGGUUUUGUCAAUAUCCUAUCCUUCAUAUCAUCAGUACUGUCUUUAGCACUUAUUGCAAUUCACAGAUUUUUCUUCAUAGUUCACUGGAAGGACUACAAACGAAAUUUCAGACCAAGAAGAGUCCAGCUAUAUAUUCUUUUAACCUGGUUGAUGGCGCUAGUGUUAUCGCUGCCUCCGUUGCUCGGGUGGGCAUCGUUUGGAUACGUGUCUGGCAAGUCCUACUGCUUUGUGCUGUGGCGCGAAAAUGCCUCAUUCGCCUAUUUUAUGGUGUCAGUUUGUUUCUUUGGACCUUUGAUAACGAUGGGCGUUUGCUAUACAAGGAUUCUCUGCUUUACUAAGAAGGCAAGAAGAAAAGUCAAAAUUGAAGUUCCCCAAUUUACUAGAAAUGAUAUAUUUAGGAACGUUUCGACAGAGGAAUCUCGAAUUACUAACACACUGUUAAUUGUCCUGGGCACGUUUAUCGCUUGCUGGCUGCCAUUUGCAACAACGAUGUUCCUUGACAUUUACUAUCCUCAUCGUCUGCCACGAUGGAUAGAUAUGGGAUCUUUGAUGCUGGGGUAUAUGAACAGUUUGUGCAACCCUAUUAUCUAUUCGGUAAGAAACACGCAGUUCAGGAAAGCAUUUAUGGAGCUCUAUGCUUUAUGUGGAAUAAAGUGCUUCAAAAGAAACCCCGCUGUGGAGCCUACUGCGCAUGCGAAGCAAGAGACAGAUGAGUAGAGUUCAAGGACUCAAAGACAUAGUCAAUAGGGCGUUUGCAUGAUGGCGUCAUUGACCUCUACUACCAGACUCCCUUGCACACUUUCUUUUGUUCAGUUAAUUAGCACCAAUUGUCUUACUAUUCUCAUGAGGGAAGCAAAUUUAAAUAAGAAAGAAAACUCGCCAAGCAUCUUGGUUAUGGGAGUCGAAUGACGCUAUCAUACAAACGUCUUAUUGUCCGAAGUGCCUAAAUAACUCACAAAUGGAAAUAUUAUUUCAUGAUACGUGGUUCUAAACCUUUAAAAUAAUCUUUUACACAUUAAAAAUCAAGAUCGUUUACGAAAA